CAGUUUUAACUGCAGAUACAUUGCCAAAAUGCUGCAAUCUAUCGUAUGAUUUGCACAAUAUGCUCGAUUCGAAUCCACACCUCAGCACGCUACAGAAACAAAACAAAACAAUCCCUGUAUUACUGCUUCGCAGGACCACUAUACUUUAAGAGUUGGUAAUGAUGUCGACGCCAUUGAUAAUCCAUCAACAGAACAGACAAAUGCAGAGACAGACAAAAAGCACGACAAUUUUUCUUUCCUUCACAUUACAAUUACAUCCCGCCACUAUGCUCUGCUUGAUCACUGAUAACUUGUUUUUUCUCCCCUUCCAUUGUCGUUUUAUCUUUUUGAAUCUGCACCAAGGAAUCCCUGCUAGUGCAUGAAAAAUAUCACCCCCCACUACGACAAAAAAGAACACCACUAAGACUACCAGCAUUCCCAUCCCUUAAAGAUGGCGUCCGAGAAACAUGUACAAAACACACAACUCAGCCCACCACCAGGAAAUGUAACCCUCUCCCUCGGCAUCUCACAUGGCUUCCAAUCAAAUACGGUCUUCUACUACCUCUGCUUCUCUGCCCUGCUUUCUACCGUCAGCAACAGCGAAACAAGCUUCUUGUUUGUGUCUGUCGCUGCGUUGCACUACAGACCCACACGGUUUGGAGCAAUCAAAUCAGGGGUGGAUCUUCCGAAUGAAGAGUCUCGCGACCUUCGCGAAGUUCCGUCUGUCUGUUCUGAGUGGGAUUUGCUAGCUUCCCUUGUGGGAGGUGAGUGUGAUAUGCUCGCCAGCUGCAGCUGUAGUAGAACGGGCAGCCUGGAGCUGAAUGUUGUACUGUCUCUGAAGGUCUCUCAGCUUAUCCAGGAGUUCUUGGAACGUCGGGCGGCUGGCUGGGUCACUGCAGUUUAUCAAACCCAAAAUAACAGGUUAUAACACGUUAGCCAGUUCGAAGAUUGAAGCAGAGGAGAAUGGGGAAAAUGACUCAAAGACUACAGGUGGGCAGAUGAGAUCGAAUAGGAUCGAAAUGUGAUUCAGAUUGUUCAAUACUUGAAUCCAAGACUUCUUUUCGUUUUCGUUCCAUCUCAUUAAGACUAAAUGUGGAUCAUAUGGGAACGAGAAUCGAAUUGCAUCUAUGCGCUUUGAAGUGAUGCUGGACCUCAAGGUUCCUUGAUUUAUGAUACUGUCCGACGCUACACCAGACCGGAUGCCUGCCUACUACUUAGGAAAUUAACAGUCUAUUAUUACUAAAACGUCGCGGUCAAUAACAAGAUUGACCUUGCCGGAGGGUUGAUUUCACAAGGUACCUCUUUAUGACUUAAAAAUCACACACGAGAUCAACAUCGAUCUCAGACAGAUUUGGCAAAUCUAAAAUGAAACCUUGUUUUCUUGUUGUCUAUUUUACGGGCUAAACUGGGGGGCCAUCACCCACGUCAAAACAGAUAAAAUAUAACAAUAUCCCAAAAACUGCCAAAUUCGUGGUUGGGGACUUGGAAUCAAUCCUAUAACUGGAA